AUGGAGGGGGCUCUCAGAACACCGAAUACGCAGCCACAGUCGUCGAAACAGAUGUCUUCGCGGCUAAUGAACAUGAAGUUCAUGCAACGCGCAACAGCGUCUACACCACCAAACCAACGAGGAGGCCCGCAAACACCGUCUACCGAACCAGCAUCCAAACGCCGAAAGACCCAUGACGCCGGUACGUCGCCCUCCCGCUCGGUAUCCUCCACCCCAGGAGGAACACCAUAUGCAGCAGAAAACCGCCCGAUGCAACAAUCCUCUAAUGCAUUACACGAUAUUCUGAGAAGAGGAGGAACAAGCACGUUCUUCCGCGGUGAAGGCGCAGAUACGGAAUGGGUCUUGGAUUUGAAGCUCCCUGCGGCGGCGGCCCCAAACAAGCCACAUUUGAAGAACAUCCGAAGCAAUAAUCACCGCACCAUCGGCGGCAAUGAGUCGGCGAUCCCGGGACUCGGUGAAGUCGACGACGAAAACGACGCUGAAACCUCACAAUAUAAAGAGGAGGAGGAGGAGGAGGAGGAGGAUAUUUGGUAUGACCAAUUGGCAGGCCGGCAGACAUACGGCUCAUUCAAGCGCAAAAACAAGACGGGGGACAAGCGUAAGAGUACGAACGGCGAGGCCGGCGACGAUGAUGACGACGACGAAGAUCUCAGCUCUGCGUCACACUCUUCUGCCUCGGACUCAGAUUCUGACCGACAAUACGGUACCCCACAGAAAAAUAAGAGCAAGAAGCAGCAGCAGCCCGGUCGAGACAAGAAACAUGCCGCAGCCGCAGCCGCCGGCGCCGAGAACUCUGACGAGGAAAUGCGCAGAGUCAGGCGCGCCAUGGAGCAGAAACACGAUCGUAUGGCGGGUCUGGGUGGCGGUGGAAGAAAACAACAGCGCGGACAGGACGGACUCAGCCACGAUCGCGGUCGGCGUGGUUACGGCGACAGCGCGAGAAGGUCUAAAAAGGCCCGGAAGACGAUUUGA